AUGGCUUACAGACCUAGUGAUUCUGUUCUUUUAAGUUGGAUAGAAGAAGAGUACGAUGUCGCUACUGAUGAAACUUUUGCUUCUGGCUGUGAAAGUGACGCUACUACUGAAAAUUCUCCACAUCAUACUGAUACGGAGCAAUCCAACGAUUCUGCUAGUGAUGAAAGAGCCAAUCUCCCAAUUUCUGAACCACCUAACCCUCCAAUUCUUCAGUGUAUACCUUCCAGAACCACAUUGCAGCCCUCAAGUCAGCAUAGAAGCCAGAAACGUCCACCUGCAACAGCUACAAUGCAGCUGUCUGGAAUCCAAUAUACUGGAAAGGACGAGCAUACUAAUUGGGCUAUUCGGUUCGAUGACAAGGGAACUCGAAAUGCUCGUAAAAAAAUUGACAACCUGGCUUCAAUCAGAAAGGUUUUUGAGAGUUUCGUCAGUAGUUGUAAUUCAAGUUAUACACCUGGGGAAUACCUAACAAUAGAUGAGAAGUUAGAGGGUUUUCGCGGAAGAUGUAUGUUCCGCCAGUAUAUCAGCAGUAAACCUGACAAAUAUGGAAUUAAAAUUUAUGCGAUGGUUGAUGCCAGAACCUUUUUUACAGUUAAUAUGGAAAUUUAUCCUGGUAAACAACCAGCCGGAUGUCCUUACCCUACAGACAAUUCUGCAGCCGCAGUCGUAAAGAGAAUAUUCCGACCCAUUGACAAAUCUGGCAGGAACAUUACUAUGGAUAAUUAUUUUACUUCAGUUCCACUUGCCAAUGAUCUGUAUGCUAACCAUAGGACAACAAUAGUAGGCACAAUCAGAAAAAACAAGCCUCAAUUACCACCAGAAUUUUUGAAUGUCAAGGAAAGACCAGUUGGAAGCAGUAUGUUUGGAUUCGGCAAAGAACCUAAUAAUACUUUGUUAGUUUCAUAUGUGCCCAAGAAAAAUAAAAAUGUUCUUAUGCUUUCCACUCUACAUGAUGAUGAUACCAACGACCCUGAAACCGGAGAUGACAACAAACCAGAAGUCAUUACUUUUUAUAAUUUAACUAAAGGAGGUGUUGAUGUUGUUGAUAGGAAGAAAAAAGACUAUAGUGUCAAAAGAGUCAACAACAGAUGGCCUCUAGUAAUCUUCUGUGGUCUUCUUGAUCUGGCUACUGUCAAUGCCCAGAUCAUUUAUUUCUCAAAUACGGGAGAUACAAUUCCAAGAAGAAAAUUCAUCACCAAUCUUGCAAUGGACCUGGUCAAACCACAUCUUUUGAGACGUGCCUCAGUCGAUGUGCUAUCAAUUGGACUCAGACAGUCAAUCAAAAACGUUCUUGGCCAAGACCUUCCUGUCAGGAAUGAGAGACAAGAAACAUUCGGGCGGAAACCAAGGUGUGCCUACUGCCCCGUUCGAAAGAACCGAUUUACCUCAGUCUGCUGUGUGGAGAGCAGCGCUUAUGGCCACCUGUGUGUACCGUAUCGGGUGCUGUUGUGGGCCGGAGUCAUACCCAUCGACAUCCCGGCGUUGAGAGACCGAUGA